UCGCUGUCUGAGUCAGAAGGUUUGAAAGCAAAGCAGCAGCAGCAGCGUCCGGCGCGUUCUCCUGCUAAACAGAAACAGCAAUGGUGACAGCAUGAAGAAGUGAUCUGAACCAAGGACGGAAACUGGUGUUUUUUUGAAGAGCCGGUUUGAGAACGGAUCUGAAAGGGUCUGUGCUGACAGCCUUCAUUGACCCAGAAUUUGGAAUCACCAUAUUGCAGGAUGUCUUGGUUGUCGCCAGUCCAGUGGGCCAAGUGGACUUGGUCAGCUGUGACAGGGACAGCCACCAAUGAUGAUGACAACUCGGACUCGGAGGGAACAUUUGAGACGCCAGAAGCCGAGUCCCCGGGUGUUGUGAAGCUGCUAGAUCAGCUCAACAACUGUGAAAACACAGGGACAAGAAAUCACUUUCUUGACAAAAAUUCCAUCCAAGAUGUGGCUUCUGUUCCGUCACGUGUCCUGGACAACCAGACCCCAAACAACAGCAGCUUUCAUUUGGACCAGAACCUUAAUCUAACCCUGAGCACCAAACCUGAGGACAGUCCUGUCCCCCCACCGCUGAGACCGCCGUCACUCCCAGUCCACUCCUCGCUGAAUACCCCCGACCCCUCAGAGGUGGACGAUGAAGCUCCCGACCCUGACCUGCUCAACGGAAACAUGAACCCUGGCCUGAUUCAGAAGAACACCAAACUUCCCUGCACACAGGAGGCCAGUGAGGCCAUCGACAGCCUCAUCACGACUUCCGAACAAGUCCAUUUCCUGUGUGUUCUGUUGAACUCCUGUAAAGUGAAGACGAACCUGCCGGUGCAGAAGGACUUCAGCGCACAGGACGACCUCCACGGGGGCCACGCCACGGACGAGGAGAAGUUAGCCAGCAGCGUGUGUGUCAAACCAGACACAGACCAAAGCAAGAGUGACGUGCCAGACGACUCGGUCUGCUCCUCAGUGAGCCAGGACAAACUGAAGAGCACGGCAGGUAGUGAAAUGCCCAAAACAGGAAGUCAGGUGCUGGACUCCAUCUGCAUCAGCGAGGCGGAGAAACAGGCCGUUCUCACUCUGAUUCGGGAAGAGAUCAUCACGAAGGAGGUGGAGGUCAGCGACUGGAAGAAGAAGUACGAGGAGAGCAGACAGGAGGUCAGCGAGAUGAGGAAGAUUGUUGCAGAGUACGAGAAGACGAUUGCUCAGAUGAUCGAGGAUGAACAGCGCAACACCAUGAGCUCCCAGAAGGCUUUGCUUGCAUUGACCAAGGAGAGAGACACCGCCCUGACAGACUUGAACUCAGUGGAGCGUUCGCUGUCUGACGUGUUCCGCCGCUAUGAAACAAUGAAGAACACUCUUGAAGGCUUCAAGAAGAACGAAGAGGUGCUGAAAAAGUGUGCACAGGAAUAUCUGGCUCGGGUCAAGCAGGAGGAGCAGCGAUAUCAGACACUCAAACUGCACGCUGAGGAGAAGCUAGACAAGGCCAACGAGGAGAUUGCUCAGGUGCGAGCGAAGGCGAGCUCGGAGAGCGUGGCACUGACUGCCAGCUUGAGGAAGGAGCAGAUGAAGAAUGAGUCACUGGAACAAGCCAUGCUGCAGAAGAAUCAAGAAAUCGAGGAGCUCACUAAGAUUUGCGACGAGCUCAUCGCCAAAAUGGGGAAAGUUGACUGAUUCCACAGAAGCUGCCUGCACCAUCCUUUCUCCAGCCGAGAGGGGGCGCUGUCGUACCCUUGCCCGUCCUGCAUCACGAGGACUCUAAAGUACCGUUCCGUGUGUGCGCCACUAAAACUGCUUGUUAACCCAGGGAUUGUUGUGUGUAGUCACAUGAUUUUGUUUGCAUCGUGUAUCGACCAUCUGGAGCUUUUGUCCGUCGUGCCACCGAGCAACACGCGGCUCAUGACUCAACCUCUCAGCAGCUCAAGCAGGAUGACAUCAGCUCCGACACACACUGGCUCAGUGGCCCGUUGUGUCUCAGUGUUCUCUGGCUGAAGAAGACCGUCUGAAUUACAAGUUAAGUUUCUGUGAAGGAACGAGCAUGUUCGGUCUGCAUUUGUGGGCGGGGCUAAACUCAAGUUGAGUUGAAACACAGAUGUGCCCAGGGAAGGUGUCAAAAGAAAUGCAGCGUCAGCACCAAGAUAGACUCCGACAGCAUCUCAGUCACACGUUUAUAUGGGUGAAUUUUUGGGAGAAAAGAAUAGAUUUAUAUCCUAUGUGUCAUCAUGAAUUACUCUUUAGAAGAGCGACAAGGGUUUGCAACCUGCCACAUGAUGCAAAAACACAAUACAUUUUGUCGAAAUAUGGGAGAGAAAAACAGUUGCAGAAUUAUAUUUGAACUUAUGCUGCGUUUAAGGACUGAUAUCUGCAGUGACUGAGGGGGACGUUGCAGACGCUUGUGAGUGAAGCAGGUUGUUAUGGCUUUGUUCUUCAGAAGCUGCACAUUUUCUACACUGAUUACUUAACUUAAUAAUCAGAAGAGAGUACUUCAGAGCGAAUGCCAAAAGUAACACUUCAUCCUGUUGGGUUCACUUAGCACCUUGUAACCUCACAGACCCUGUGAUGUGCCACCGUGUUGAAAUGUCACAUGCAAGUUGUGUCUGUUUUUUUUACUUUGGUUUGUACAUUAGAGUUUCAAUCCUGUACCUCGUCUCUAAUAAUAAAUUGGUCAUGAAAA